CUGGGGACUUGUAUACUCUGUUUUAGUGCUGCUUUCUUCCGAGGCCUCAUUGAACGUCCAGGAAUCAAUCCUCUCAACAUUAAAAAAGUUUUCAACUUUUUGUUCAGUGGUGCUCCGGACACUGAGGUAAUCGUUGGUGUCAAUAAUGAGUUUGUGACUAUUAUUGACGGUGUCAAGCAUGAUCUCCUACUUGUCCAGAAAAUACGCGACUGUUCUUGGAGAAAACUGAUAUACUCACCGGAAGAAAUAAGAAAAGGUCAUCAACACUUGCUGUUCCUAUCGUUUCCGGAUGACGAUUAUAUAAAGUCUCGUAAUGACUUUAUAUCAGGAAAAGCUGAACAGUUAGCUUCCAUGAAGAUGAAUAUAUUGCACAUUUUCUCAAGCCAGACAAUGCUCUUGAAUGCUAUGCUGAACUCGGUAAAGACUACCAUCAAGGAUGAUGAUAUUAUCAUAGACGAGACUGUCACCGAGCAGUCAACACCUUCAACCGGCUACCCUGUUGCAGGUCGUGCAACAGUUGCUCGUACUCCAUCACUGUCGAAAAGCCAUCGCAUGUGCUUAGCCAGUUUCGAGGAUGGUAAAUUUGUAAAAGCCAAGGGCAGCUAUAAGAAAGUGAAUUGGGAAACUGUCCAACGGAAAGGCAUCGAAGUUAUGUUGUAG